AUGGUCCGAAGGGUCCACCGUCGAAAUGAAUACCGCUUCUUCGCAGAGCGGCUUUUCGGCAUCCGUUCGACAAGUGGAAGCGCCGAGUCGAAUAGCCAGGUCAGCACCACAGCCGUACCCACGCAGAGCACGAACAACGGCGGGCCGCCCCGAGAUGACGACCUCGGGGACUGCCUCUUCCGUCCCAACUCCAGCAAGUGCAGAAGGUUCCGAAAGCCAGACAGUGACGUCGGGCACAACUGGGACGUCAAGGCCAGCCUCUGGAACCGUGAGCAGGCUGAGUCUGGCCAGCUCGGCUACUACCCGCACAGGCCUCGUCUCUCCAUCAGCCGCGACGACGGGUUCGAGCAAGGCAAGUACCCGGACCGGCGGUUCCACGGUGCCUGGAAAUUCCCAGACCACUGUUUCGACGGUCUCCGGGCGGAGCACCGCGCCCACAAGGUCACAAGAAGCGCCCUGCGACGACGAGGUGCCCGGAUCUACAAUUGUCAGCAGCUCGCCGGAGCAGAGUCAGCUGCCCAACAGUCCCGGGGCGGGGAGCACGACGUCGAUUGCAAGUACCGGUACCACCUAUACGGACUCAUUUACGACGAGCAUCACGGGGUCAGGCUGGCACAACCAAACGUCAAGUCCGUGUGA